GGUACCUACUUGACUCGAUAGACGUAGGUACGGUAUAAAUAGUCGGUGAUUAAUCACGUCAAACUCACUGGUUGCCGUUGUAACUGCCGCAACGGAUACUUUUUUUAGUUUACCAUAGUUUUUAAUGAUUAUUUUCCAGCUAAACGAUGGCUCGAAUCGUUAUUUUGUUGUCCGUCGUAUUGAUCGGCGUGUAUCAGACCGAACAAGCGUAUUUCUUGGAGAAAAGUUACAUCGACAGGAUCAACGAAGUAGCAAAAACCUGGACGGCUGGUGUUAAUUUUAACCCGAAUACACCAGAAGAGCACUUCGUUAAGAUGUUAGGAUCUAUAGGGGUGGAAUCUGCCAAGAAAGCGAGUAUUGAUAUGUUCAAAACGAACGACGACGCUUACGACAACGAUUCCGGUAAUAUCCCGAGGUCAUUCGACGCCAGGAAGAAGUGGAGGCAUUGCACAACGAUUGGAGAAGUUCGCGACCAAGGAAAUUGCGGUUCUUGUUGGGCGUUCGGAACCAGCUCAGCGUUUGCCGAUCGUUUGUGUGUGGCUACUAAUGGAGAUUUCAAUGAACUGUUGUCCGCCGAAGAGUUAACGUUUUGCUGUCACAGUUGUGGUUUUGGUUGUCAUGGAGGAGAUCCGAUCAAAGCCUGGAAAUAUUUCAGAAAACACGGUUUGGUCACAGGAGGAAAUUAUGAAUCUAAUGAGGGAUGUGAGCCAUACCGAGUUCCACCUUGCCUUGUAGACGAUGAUGGAAAUAAUACAUGUGCUGGUAAGCCAAUGGAAAAAAAUCACAGAUGUACUAGAAUGUGUUAUGGAGAACAAAACAUCGAUUAUGACCAAGAUCACAGAUAUACACGGGACUACUACUACCUUACUUACAACACAAUCCAAAAUGACGUUAUGACUUACGGACCAAUCGAAGCAACGUUUGAUGUGUACGACGAUUUCCCCAAUUACAAGUCCGGUAAAUGUGUUUACGUGAAAACCGAUAAUGCCUCAUAUUUGGGAGGUCACGCUGUAAAGUUGAUCGGCUGGGGCGAAGAAAGAGGAACUCCGUAUUGGUUGAUGGUCAACUCGUGGAACGAUCAGUGGGGCGACCAAGGUCUUUUUAAAAUUAGACGAGGCACAAACGAAUGUGGUAUCGAUAAUUCCACAACCGGUGGUGUACCAAUGACUAACUAACAUAUAAUUUUAGUACUAACCAAUAUGAGCACUGACGUAAUACUUUAUUUUAGGUUUAAAUAAAAUUAUUUUUAUAUUAUUCUAUAA